ACCAAGACAUAUUAACUCAUGUUUCCGGUAAAAUUCGUUUUGCCAAGAAAUGAUUGAAUUUCUCAUUACAGUAACCAAAUGAUCAAGAUUUAAGAUGUAGCACACGCUGCUUGAGAAUCUUAUGAUAGAUUUCAAGAGUUUGUCAAUUCGUAAGCCAACAUGAGACAUCAUCAUUCCUUCACUGGCGCAGCUCUAGUCUUCGUUGCAUUAUUUGCGUGCAUAGUGUCGGUUUAUGGUCAGUGUAGCGAUGGUAGAUGCGUAGAUCUCGCCAAAUGCCGAAGUAAUUUUGGUCAACUCAAUUUAAUCGACUUACGAGUCGGCGUCUCGGAAGAUGAAGGAGGCGUGGAAGGAGAGUGUGAUCACUAUUUGCAAGUAUGUUGUGAUAAUGAUGACAUAAUAGAUGGUGUUUCGGAAACAACGCCUUCGGUCAUUGUUAGUAGUUCUACGACGCCUAGAAGUGCAACAGGAGAUUCAAAAUUCCUUGAAUGCGGGUACAGAAACCCUGAUGGAGUUGGAUUCCGGAUCAUAAAUGGAAGACACAAUGAAACAGAAUUCGGAGAGUUUCCAUGGAUGGUGGCAAUUUUGGAGUCGCAAACAAUGUUGGAUAUAGAAACUCAGGCAUUCAUCUGUGGAGGAUCGUUAAUUGCUCCUAAUGUUGUACUUACUGCUGCUCAUUGCGUACAUAUUAAAGAGGCUGAAUCUCUUACUGCUCGUGCUGGUGAAUGGGAUACCAAGACUGAAAGUGAAACACUUCCAUAUCAAGAACAAAAAGUACAACGAAUCAUCAUCCAGCCAAAUUACAACUCGGCGGUGCAGUUCAACGACAUCGCUCUCCUCGUACUUGAGCAGCCCUUCCAACCGGACGAAAACGUUCAGCUGAUUUGUUUGCCACCACAAGGAGCGAAGUUCGACGACGAAAACUGUUUCGCAACUGGUUGGGGCAAGGCCAAUUUCCAUGCCGAUUCGUACCAAGUGAUCCUGAAGAAAGUCCAACUGCCCAUGGUUGAACAUGCGCAAUGCCAGGAAGCUUUACGCGGAACGCGUCUUGGCAGAAACUAUCGGCUGCAUAAUUCGUUUACGUGCGCCGGUGGUCAAGAUGGCGUUGAUACCUGCACCGGAGAUGGAGGUUCUCCGCUGAUGUGCCCUUUCCGAGGCUCGGAGACACGAUUUUAUCAGGCAGGGAUCGUGGCUUGGGGUAUCGGAUGCGGCACGGCAGGCGUUCCCGGAGUUUACGUGAAGAAUAGUAUGUUCACCGAAUGGAUAAACCAAGAGUUGCAGAAGCUUGGGGUCAAUGAUGACUUGUUCGACUGAGUAUCGGUGUAUAGUUUGUUCUAUUAUAAAUUGUAAUUAGAUACUUAGCUAUUCGCAAUGAAAACAGGACAAAAUUUGGCAUUUGACUUGACUUGAUUUGACUUGACAGCAUUCUCAAAUAAACUAUAAACCCA